GGUCAGUCUAUUGUGUGUUUCUGCUGCAGAUAGAAGGCAAAGUGACACUUUCCUGUUGGUGAGCCGUACACAGGCCUCCCGUGUGCUGUGUGUGUCCUCUGCAAACACUGAUUGAACCGCGGGCGUUGCCAUGGCUACACGCAGACCCAAUGAGAAGCUCGCGGUAGACUGUUGCUGAAUGAAAAUAACAGAGGCCAUUUUGCGAACGAAGCCAAGACAUCAUUCAAUAAUAACGAAAAACGGAAACGGAGGCAGAGCCGGUCCAUUUCUGGACUGACGCCGCUUCUCUUCUCCAGAGUCGCUAGGGUCGGGACUGCGGCGCGGCUCGCGCAUGUAGUCGAGAAAGAAAGGCAGGCGGUAACUUAAUUGUGCCGCCUUCUCCUUGGAGUAUCUUAAGGAGAGGGGACAGGUUAUUUUCACCGCAUUGCUGUCCGAGGCCCAGUGACCCCCCGGGAGAGAGGGAGUAGCCUUCAGUCAAGGUUGGCACAACAUCCAUGCGCGUUGAAAACAGGUGUACGGUUUCAUCACACAGUAGCUCCAGAAGCCGCCGUAGCUUCACGGUGUGUGUCACUUCUGCGCCUGUCCGAGGACUUCACUCGUUUUAUAUGGAAAAGACAUUUUAUUAGACAUGUUUCGGGAAUUUGUCCGGUGAGGUGGCAGCUGUGUUAAGGCAUUGAACGGGGAUCUUGGGACUAAAGCUUGAGCGGGAGGAGAUACUUGUCCUGAGCAGAGGAGAGAAAGUGGGAGGCACGGGGGGACUUUAAGUCACAACGCCAUACGUGACUCUUCUUAGCACUUCUCCAGUCUUUUGGGUUUAUGACGGAAAGUGUGUGCCCCUGCUGUCGAUCAGUAAGAAGUGCUCUUCAAUAUGAAUACAGAUAGCGGAGGAUAUGCUCGCAAAUGUGUGGCCUUGUCACUCAUGCUCUCUCCCAUGAAGAGGGUCCAGAGCUCACCAAAUCUAGCCACAGGGAGUGAUUCUCACUCAUCGGACUUGGAUUCUUGGCGGUCACACAGCGCAACAGACGGCCUUAAAAACGGAGAUGCUAGCAGCUCAUCGCUUGCUGCCAAAGGCUUUCGCAGCGUCAGACCCAAUCUGCAGGACAAAAAGUCCCCCUCACAGGAUAUCAGUCCAUUGCCAUUGCCACCCCCCAGAAAAGAGAGUUUUCACUUCUCGCCUGCAGGCACUAAUCCUCAAAAUUACAGUUCCCUUAUUGGCCUGCCUAAUGAUUUGAGUCCUGGAAUGCUAACAAUCACUAAAAAUGAGCAAGCAGUCUUGAAAGAGUCCUACACUGUAAGAAGCACAUCAUCCUACUCAUACUCAGAAACCAGUGCAGACACAGUCCACCAGCUGAAUGAGUCUGUUGUCUCGAAUGACACAAGCAAUGCUAAUACAAAAGAACGUAAGGUGUCUUCCCUUACACUAACCCCUGUCACCAUCCCUGACCCUCCUGCACACCUCAAUUCUUGUGUUGAUCCCAAACAUAAGACCCAAACCACAGGGUCCCCUCCACCCACUUCCUCACCUCCACAAAGAAGUCCCAUCCUAUCUCAACCCGUGACACAGACAGCUUCGAUUUCUGUCCGCUUGGACAAAGAGAAUAAAAAAAAUCCUGCUUCAUCUAAGACAAACUCCAAAGUGGAACUCAAGGUCUCAGAUCAAAUGGCAGCUCCAGCUCCAUCCCAGUUGGAGAUGACGAAGCCUCCUCCUGCAAUUCCACCAAGGCCCUCUCCUGCAAAACUGUUGGGCCAGGUUCUUUCUCACGCAAUGAAUGGAAGUACUAGCCAUCCACAUAGGCCGCUGUCUCCCCCAUCAUAUCCUCCACCUCCUGUCUCACUCCACACGGGGCUUCAGAGACAGAGCAGGAGUUCAGAGGGCAGUGAAACAGUCACCAGAGAGUCUGUGGUGUCAGGGCACACCAGCAUCAGCAGCACUGUGCCCAUUGCCCGUUUCUCAGAAGAAGAAAAGAAGGUGUCGGUCAUUAAAGCCCCCCACUACGAAGGCAUCGGCCCAGUUGAUGAGUCAGGCAUUCCUAUCGCCAUCCGCACGACAGUGGAUAGGCCCAAAGACUGGUACAAAACUAUGUUCAAACAGAUUCACAAAGUUCACAAAGCAGAUGACGACUAUUCCGACACAUACAAUGCUUCAUAUGCUCUCGUAAACAAUGAUAACUACAGCCUGUCAUCCAGCACCACCAUGGCCCACCCUGCCCCUCGGACACAUACCUACAGGCCUCUGUCCAAGAGCCCCUCGGAUAACAAUGAAGGGCAUCUUGGACCUCGGGAGCUUUCACCAUCCCCUGUACCCCCACCACCUCCACCCAUGCCAUCCCUUCUCCAACUGAGGGCGAGAGACAGUGAUCGCGAGAGGGACUUGACAGACGCCAAUGAAUGGGGUCCUCCAGACCGAAAAGUGGACACGCGAAAGUACCGCGCAGAACCCAAGAGUAUUUUUGAGUACGAGCCUGGGAAGUCCUCUAUCUUGGAGCAUGAAAGACCAACCUAUGAUGACAUAGAUUUAGAGAACGAGCCUUGGUAUAAGUUCUUUUCCGAGCUGGAGUUUGGGCGGCCGCCUCCUAAAAAACGGCUGGAUUAUAAUCCAGACAUCUCCGCUCGCCAGCGCAUUGAGACAUCCCUCCACAUCACUCCUGCUGACAAGGCUCCAGAGAGACCUGCAAGUGCUGCCAGUGACUACAGGAAGAGAAGGAAGUCUGAGCCGUCAAGCUCCCAAGUGAAUGCUCCAUCUCAGAGCCGAGCUGCAACUUCCCCUAAACCAGUGGAUGCCUACAGACCCAGCAGCAGCCUAAAGAAACCCGUCAUUCGUUCCUCACCAUCCUCACCCUCCAGAGCCAAAGACCAUGACAUCUCCAGGAGUUCCACCCUGGAUGGACGCCACACACCCCAGAACAGAAGACCCACUCCUGACAGAGAGGUCUCCCAUAAACAGAUGACACAACUUAUUCUGUUCUCUCUCCUCCAUCAGAAACAACCUGCAAGAGCCAUUUAUGAUUUUAAGGCACAAACGAGCAAGGAGCUGACAUUUAAAAAGGGUGAUGCAGUGAACAUCAUCAGGCAGAUAGAUAACAACUGGUAUGAAGGAGAGCACCGUGGGCGAGUGGGAAUAUUCCCUAUAGCAUAUGUAGAGAAGAUGCCGUCUUCAGAGAAGCAGCAGCCAAUCCGUCCUCCUCCUCCAGCACAUGUCAGAGAGAUUGGAGAGGCAGUGGCCCGCUACAACUUUAACGCUGAUACUAACGUGGAGCUGUCACUGAGAAAGGGUGAGAGAGUGAUUGUGAUAAGGCAGGUGGAUCAGAAUUGGUAUGAGGGGAAGAUCCCAGACACAACCAAACAGGGGAUCUUUCCUGUGUCCUACGUUGACCUUAUCAAGCGAUCUCCAUCCAAAAGCUCCGCCCAUCACAUAGAUCCACAUGGUUACCCCAGCAACAGGACACCAAGCUCCACACCCGUCAAGCCUUUCUAUCAUCCACCUCCACCACCCACCACCCACAAACCCCCCUCCCCUCACCCCUCUUUGAGAAGCCUUGACCUGCAAGCCAUCACCACCGAGUGGCUGUCCAUCACAGUGGAGCCGUCAGCAUCCACUCAAGCUCACUCCCUCACGAACACCCCUCUGCCGCCCUCACCGCCUCCUCUCCCCUCUGACCUUGCAUCUCUCCUAAAGGCUCAAGAGCCCAAAGCACUCUCAUCUGCACCGCCACAAAAAAGUUUCACCUUGUCAUCCCUAGCAACCACAACCUGCAAAGAAUUUUCCAGAACGCCCACUUUUAAAGAGGCAAACCUCAGUUUAGGUCACACCACAGCUGUCUCACCCAUCUCACCCCCUACUCCUCCUCCUCCAGACCCCCAUUUCUCAUUAACCUCUCCACUGCCUGACUCUUCAUUUCAAUAUAACUGUGGCAGAGGACUACAUAUCACUGAGGAAGACUCAAACUUAGGAAUUACUACGCCUGAGGUUUUGUCAGAGCCGAUAAAAUCAGCCACACCUCCUGCACAAGAGCACAAAUCCACAGUACGAGUAAACAAAAGCAGGGAAACCCCGGACACUAAACUGCAACUCAAAGACCCUUAUGAUGAGCUGUUGUGCAUGUUUCUGGAUGGUUCCAGCAGCACAGAUGAUGGUGAUGUUUUGAGAUCAUCUCCAGUAGAUUCUUCAGCAGCUAAGCUGACCAAAAAGUCCCAAAGCAGGCUCUUCCCAUUAAAAGCGGAAGAAUCCCAUCAGUCGGACGUAAAGCCCCCAGCGGUCACUCCUGCAAGCAACUCGACAGGCAGCUUUCAGUUAGCAGUGCUGCUUCACAAGCCUGUAACAAUGGAGCCCCUUUGUGUUUCGUGGGAAGAGCAGUCAAAAAAUGUGAAUGGGCAACGUUUUGACUCACAUAGACCACCGUCAGUACAAGCAAAGGAAUACACUGAGUUGUUCAUUGAAGAAGACGAUGAAGCUAGAAGUGAGAAAGAGCAGGAUGUUAGAGUUUUAAAUCAGAUGCACAGCCCACAGGCUGAAGUGUCUCCACCUACUCAGUUUCCCCACACUGGUCCCUCCUCCCCCUCCAUACCACCCCCUGUGACCUCCCUGCUUCCCACUUCUCUUUCCUCUGCUUGCCCUUCAUCCUCUUUCUCCCACACACAACAGCAGCACAAUCGUAGUAUCGUCCCUCCCUGUGACCAUGCCUCCCCUCGUCCUCCGUCCCUUCCUCAGCUCACAACGUCACUGCUGCCUCCAGUUUCUCCAUCUGUCUCACCACCUCCUCUCCACUUCCCUCCAGACGAUCCCUCUCAGCGGUCUGUCUCUCACCCCUCAAGCUCUCCUUUUCUUUCUAGUCCAGUCACGACAUGUCCCAUCUCAGAGCCAAAUUUUUCCCUUCCUCCCGCUAACAUUGCCCCUCCACCCUCCACUCAGCGCUGUCCCCCCACUGCCCCAACUGUACCACAUCAAGGACGUAGGUCGCCUAAGGUGAAGCGGUCAGUACAGGAUGCACUCCACGGUGGAGGAGACCCGUACCAGGCGCUGUACAACUACAUGCCUCGCAAUGAGGAUGAGCUGGAGCUGCGGGAGGGAGACGUCGUUGAUGUGAUGGAGAAGUGCGAUGAUGGCUGGUUUGUUGGGACCUCUCGAAGGAGCAAGUUGUUUGGAACCUUCCCAGGAAACUACGUGAAGCAGCUAUAAUGAUUCCAAACUCCCGCUGACCCCGCCCCUUUCUAUGACCCAUUCAUCGCCCCUCCUCAGCACAGCACCCGCAGGACAUCAACAAAGACCUGCACCACACGUUUGUGUUUGCGUGUAUGUGUGUGGCUUGUCAGCUUCACACAGACAAAAUACUUAGCUCUAACUAGCCAUCUUUAAUGGAAGACUUCUAUAAAGUAAUAACGCAUUUUUUAAACUUAUCUUUUUACCCUUAUUUUUCUAUUAUGGAGAACCGAAGAUUUGUGCUGCACCCAGUGACCUUUGACUUUUGACAAUAACGGAAGUAUAUCUGCAGUGAUGCUUUCCUUUCUUUUUCAGUUGUUUAAGGACAUUAAGAUCACCAAGAAUACGUUUUUUCUCCAGUAACUCAAAAUUUAAAUCACUUCUAGUUAACUUCAGUGUUUAUUUACAGAUGUCUCCACAAAGAUUUAGUGCAGAGAGUGUUAAAGGAAAGCAGUAUUGUGUCAGGAGGCCAGAUGUGUUUUGGCAAAUUAGGAGCCAACGUGUUGCAUCAUCAUGCCAGGUAAAAGGAUGGUUCAGCAAAUGUUUUUUUGUUUUACUUUGGGGGAUAUUAUUUAAUAAAAUGAACAAUAAGUUUAAAUACUGCAGACGUGAAGAAAAACACUAUCACAGACUUAGCUCGAGAUUAGUAAACACGUUGUUGCUGUUCAGUUAUUUUCAUGUUAGAAUUGAAGCACUUUUACUGAACUUGAUCACAAACGAUCUCUUUGGUUUAUUUUUUUAACCUCACUUCAGAUUUUACACAGCAGAGGUCAUUUUGACUGCACCUGGCUUCGGGGGAGAGGAGUGUGUUGAAAGUGUAUGCAGAAAGGUUACUGACCUUUUUUAGGUAUUAUAUUUAUUAGAAGACGAAGGCUGGUCUCACUGUGUUAUACGAUGAUUUUUAGAAAGAACGGAGCACCACAUUGUUUUUUUGUUUUUUUUUAAAGCAUAUUUUAACAGUACCUAACUUACAUUUGAAUGAUUGUUAUUUUAUGGUCAUCAUUAAUCAAAGUCCAGGUUCUGAGUGAUUACAGAAAAACAAAAACACAAUGGUUAAUGGGCUAAAAAGAACUCACUGUUGUUUUAUGAUGAAUUUAUUUAAGUCAGAUACAGGACGGGAAUUUUGAAAACCUUUGGAAAUCACGGAACUGCUGUUGGAUCUUUUAUAGCUGUUGUCAGAGUGAGUGGGUAGUGUGUCAUUACUCAUGUGUGUACUGUUGUGAAAGGAUUGGCAAUUUCCAUCUUAGCGUGUCGUUCUCAGUAACUGAUCUCUGUUUUGUUUUCUUCACAAAGAAUGGACACUGACAACAAAACGAUGUAAAAGCACCUUAAAAUAUUUUAUCAUUCACUGUCCUUCACGUCACUCUCUGUCAUUCACCAUUUCAGCCGGCGUGAGUUCACUGUGUGCGAGUGUGAGCGUGUCGUGGUUUUGUAAGCCUUUUUUGUUUUUGUAUGUGAGCUGUAAAAUGGCCAACAUCCACUUGCUUUAUAAAGUCGGCUUUUUCUCAUCCACCAUCACGUUUGGUUUCCUCUUUCUUUCCAUUUCGCAUCAUCAGUGGUGCUAACCCGCAUUCUUCUGAGAACGUCUCGUGUAGCCGGGCUCGUAGGAUUUUCUUUGCUCCAGUUUGUCGUUUUUACGUUGGUGGGGUAUUUAAAGUGAAUUUACUGUAGGUAGACAGAGUAGAGUUGGUGAUCGCUGCCUUAAAUCCAGCUCUCACUAAUUUAAUAGCCAUGUAUAUGUAAACCUGUGAUGCAAAAACAAAAAGAAUAAUUUAUGCAUAUGUAGUUUAGAAAGUGUAUGAAAGUGUGCAGAGAACAUACAAAGUGUUCAGUGUUUAAACGUUAGGCCCUCUGUCUGCCUUUGAUACGAGCGUAAGAACAAAUUCGAAGCAAGGAGAUGAAUUUGAUUGCUGAUAUGUUUAUACGUGUAUGAAAGUGUAAAUCUUAUGUUAUUCAUGUUAUUAUUGAACUCAAUGCACACUCUUGGACCUGAGUAUUUCUUGUAGGACUUGUUGGAUGAUUUUAAGGGGCUGUAUUGCUAAUAAAAUCCAGCUGGUAGAUCAAA